CAUGACCCAGUAUCAGGGACCGGUCAGCAUAUACUACAUGGAUGCCAGCAUGCAGACAGCUGCAGGUGAGUUGCCAAAAGGUGAGCCUAGCCUAAGAGCAAGUCGAAUAAUGUUCAAAAUAUGCCAAAUAUUUAUGGAGUUCCUCUAGCAAAUUUUCAAUGCUAAGUGUACAAUAAAGUUCAUCGAGAAUUCAUUUGAAUACUAUAAAUACCUUUAUUGCGGAAAGUUCAAAAAAGCUUUUUUUUAUAUUGUAUGCAACAAUUUGCAUAACUUAACAGACCUUUAUGCAUUUUAAGUGCCCAUUUAAAAUUGUGGGAGGAUCGCAACCAAACAGUUCACAUAGGUGAAUGGCUUAAGCGAAAGCUUUAUUUCAUACCCUUAGGAGGGGGAAUAUAAUUUUUAGGCAAAAGUUGUAACGCUUAAUGUUGGAAUAGAGCGAAAAGCCAAAUAUAAUUAUUUAUAAACAAAAGUUAAGUAUAUGUAGAAAAAGGUCUGUCAAAAAUUGCUCUAUUGUAUACAUUUUUAGUUUUUUGUUAGCUUAUAAUUUAUGUUUAUAAAUUAUUCAACUAUAUCCGAUUGCUAUUCUCAAAUGUGUUUGUAUAUUUGCUCGAAAAGCGAUUUCUGCCUGGGUUUUUUUCUUUCUCAUAUCUUGUGCACCCUAUAGGCAGCUAUUCAGUCUUGUUUUUAUAGAGUUGCAUGAAAAGAUCCAUUUAUCUAAGUGGAAAGUCAACUUUGAACAGCGCCAACUAGUUGAUAUGUGCCAACACCCGGUUCCAGGUAAUACAGCUGUACAAAUACAUGCAGAGCACCUUCACAAACACUCUGAUAUGACCCAUAACACGAGCUAAUGCCGAGAUAUUCCCAAUACAAACACACUGUGUGAGCGGCCCAACAGAAGCGCAUUUCGAAUGCCAAGCGCCGCGCAGUGCGCAUACGUCAUGUUGUCUGGCGACGCGCGCCGCAAUUAAAAACAGACUCGCAAAAAUUAAAAACAAAAAGAGACAAUAAAGAAACAAAGAAAAAAGCACAGAGAAUGAGCAUUGAGCAAUGAGCAACAAAAGUGCAAAACAAAAAAAUAGGUAGCAGAAAACACAAGAGUGUAAACGAUAUGGCAAAUCCGGCAAACAACAACAAAGCCCGGCAAAGCAUGACGCAGCCAGCGAAGUCGCACUUAAACAUGUCAACCCAAGCGCUUGUAGGGCAGCGCAGGGCAAGAAGUGUCCACUUGGCGAGCUGUCCGAUUGCCAGCCAAGCGUCGCGUCGCGACGACGUCGUCGCCAGUUGUUUCAGUCGUUCCAGUGACGGGUUCAGGUGCGGCAGUUGCGCGCGCCAAUCGUCCAGCGCUCGUUUAUCGGUCAAAGGCGUCUACGUGCCACUGUGGCAACAAGCUCUCCGCAUAUUCAAUUCGCGGCAUUUGCGGCUAUUUCAACAACAAUUGCCGCGAGCAUUGAUUAACUUAAUUUCGCUGCAUUAGUCACAUAUUUGACGCACAAACCACAAAUUAGACUUAAUUUACUUAUGCGUAAGCAAAAAGUUUCUAACAGCAACUAAUUAAAAGUGUAUUUGUGUGUGUCGAUAAGCGUGCAUGUGUGCGUGUGUGUUUGUGUGUGUGAGUGAGAGUGUUUGCUUCUGUUAUACAAACACUAACCGUUAUAAUAUAUAUAGAGCAAUUGCCCGCCCCGCCCGCAUCAUGAAGCUGUUGCUAAAAGUACAUUCCGAGCGCACCGCUCGCAAUCGUCGCACGCCCGACCGCACCUUCACAGCGUCGCCAGCGCCAAGAAUCAACAGCAACAGCGGGAGCAGCAGCAGCAGCAGCACAAGCAGCGACGCGGGCAUCGGGGGCAAACGCAACCGCGGCAGCUCCAGGUCGAGGCGUCUGACCCGCAACACGCUGCUGCUGAGCGUGCUCGUCCUUUUGGUCCUUAUCACCGCCAUUGUCAUUGUCUAUGUGGAGCUGAGCCGCACGCGUGGCGAGCUGCCGCACAAGUCCAUUUACUUUGGCAAUACCUAUGAGGAUGGCACGUUUCCAAAUCUAGGAAAUGGUCAUCUGGUCAUCGAACGUGUACAGUGGGGCGCCUCGGAUCGCAGCAGGCAGUUGACGAUGCCGCUGCAGCGGCCCAUACCCUAUGUGCUAAUCACGCACAUCGGCGUGCAGUCGAUACCCUGCGUCAAUCUCUACAAAUGCUCCAUCAAAAUGCGCACCAUACAGGAUUCGGCGAUUGCGGAGAAGAACCUACCGGAUAUACAGUCGAAUUUUUACGUUUCCGAUGAGGGCAACAUUUAUGUGGGUCGCGGCUGGGACUGGGCCAACACGUAUGCGAAUCACACACUGGCCAUCACCUUUAUGGGCGACUAUGGCCGCUAUCAGCCCACCGCCAAGCAGCUGGAGGGCGUGCAAUUCCUUUUGGCCCAUGCCGUGGCCAAUCACAAAUUGGAUUUGGACUACAAGCUGGUCGCACAGAAUCAGACCAAAAGCAGCAAGAGUCCCGGCAUCAAUGUAUACCGUGAGAUUAGCAAAUGGCCGCACUUUUACGGCUGCAACAUGGAUCAGGCGCCCAAAUGUGGCAGCGAGCUGGGCAUGACGGCUGCCUCCUGGAACGGUGGGCAAUAACUACAGACUUUAAGAGAACUCUUAGCUUUAACACCAAUACACACAACACACAACACACACUCGCACACACACACAUUACUGCAUCUUUAUACAAGUAAACCAAA